AUGGAGAAUGGCUUAGACAAAGGUGUGGGGAAUGGCCUGGAGGGUGGCGUGGGGAAUGGCCUGCAGAACAGCGUAGAGAAAGGCCUGGGGAACGGCCUGGAGAACAGCGUGGGGAACGGCAUGGGGAACGGCCUGGAGAAUGGCGUGGGGAAUGGCCUGGAGAAUGGCAUGGGGAACGGCCUGGAGAAUGGCGUGGGGAACGGCCUGGAGAAUGGUGUGGGGAAUGGCCUGGAGAAUGGCGUGGGGAAUGGCCUGGAGAACAGCGCAGAGAAAAGAGUGGGGAAUGGCCAGGAGAAUGGCCUGGGGAAUGGCCUGGAGGGCAGCGUGGGGAACGGCAUGGGGAACAGCCUGGAGAAUGGCGUAGAGAAUGGCGUGGGAAUGGCAUGUGGAAUGGCCUGGAGGACGGCAUGGAGAAUGGCCUGGAGGACGGCAUGGAGAACGGCAUGGGGAACGGCCUGGAGAACGAAUGGCAGAGAGAACGGCCUGGAGAAUGGCGUGGGGAACGGCCUGGAGGAUGGCGUGGGAAAUGGCAUGGAGAAUGGCCUGGAGAAUGGUGUGGGGAACAGCGUGGGGAACGGUGUAGGGAAUGGCCUGGAGACUAGCGUGGGGAACGGCGUAGGGGAAGGCCUGAAGAACGGCAUGGGGAACGGCAUGGGGAAUGGCCUGGAGGACAGUGUGGAGAAUGACAUGGGGAACAGCAUGGGGAAUGGCCUGGAGAAUGGUGCGGGGAAUGACAUGGGGAAUGGCCUGUAG